AUGAUCGUUCCAGGCGAUGAUGGUCUCUUUCGCAUAUGGACCACUGGUGAACACGCGAUCCAUGAGCGCAAUAUAAGCCGUGCUGCUAAUAAACGGCGUGUUCUUUCAGACGAGGUAAAAAAGAUCAUCGAUGAUCUCGUACUAGGCCAAGGCACCGCUAAAGGAACUCUCAAGCUUAUAUUGGAACGGAAGCUCUUCCCGGAGGGAAUGACUGUGAAGCAACUCACUGCGGCAAUUUCCCGGAGAAGGCACGUGAUCAUGAAGUUUGAUCCCGCCCGCCCACAACCCUCUGGUGCGGCUCCUUUCGAAGUUAGAGAUUUCCUCGAAUCGAGGACUGGCGUGCCAGACUCAAUGGAUGAGGCUUUUCGUAUCUCAUACAAGAUUAAUCCCGACUCGCAUCUAGUGUAUGCUUAUCUUACUACCAAGGCUCUUGGUCCGAGAGGUUAA